AUGAAGGUGCUCUUUGCUGAGCCACUGUUGCUGGGGCUGUCGCCGUUCGCUCUCCUCGCACUCUCCAUAGCCCUCCCUGUUUCAGUCUCCCGCACAUGUCCCCCCUCUCCCACGCUUCCUCUCCCAGCGACUGCCAAUGAGGAAAUGGCCGUGUUUCAGUCCACUGACCUGAAGGCCCUUUCAUCUUCCCCACCCCCUCUUCCUCCGCCUCUUCAUCCCCGGACCGCCCGCGAGGCCAUGGCGGUUUUUCAGUCUGCUGACCUGCCACCUGUCAUCCACAAGGCAUUCUACACACUGCAGAUCGUGCUGCUGCUGCUCUCAUGCCUGCCUUCACCCGCUCCUCCCCACUUCCCCGCCUGCCCUCCCAGCGACCGCUCCCGAGGCAAUGACAUUCUAUGUAAGGUUGACUCUCCCCAUGGCGUCUCUCUUGGCGCCACUGCUCUCUUCACCCAACCUCUCACUCUCCCGAUCAUCCCAUCACCCCCCUCAUCCCCCUCUUUCCAUCACACCGCAGUUCUACGUGGGGUUGACUCUCCCAAUGGCGUCUCUCUUGGCGCCGCUGCUCUGUGCUCUGCGCUGCCUCGAGCUGACUUCUGA